GAAGGCUCAGUCAGAGAGUUAGUUCAAAAUCCCAGAUAAUCUCCUCAAUUUGCUCCGAGUUCGCGGCGUUAUUUCUCUGCAAAUCCUUCCCCUAUACGAAUUCGUGUGACAAGAACUCAAAAGAGCGAUGAUGAUGGGUAUUCAACAUGCCAGAUACUUAAAGAGAUUUGCAUCUCACAAUCUCUCUUCGAAUUCCAUCUAUUUUAAAUGUCCUGAUCUUUUCAGAAACCGGGCUCCUUCCUUUUAUGGAUCAAUUCCUCGUUCUUCAAAUUCAUUUUCGUCUUCAUCAUCUUCUUCUUCGAAUUCAAACAUGGGUUUCCUUGGAUGGUAUUUGGGUAUGCUCGAAAGAAAGCCAAUCUUAACGAAAAGCAUAAGUGCAUCUCUAAUUUACGCAGCGGCAGAUGUUACCUCACAGAUGAUCACAUCUGAACCAACCGGCGGCGGAAGUUAUGAUUUGGUAAGAACAUUGCGGAUGGCUGGGUUUGGAAUGAUAUGUGUUGGGCCAUCACAACAUGUAUGGUUCAACUAUGUAGCAAGGAUCCUUCCCAAGCGUGAUAUAGCAAGUACCUUAAAGAAAAUUUCAAUGGGUCAGCUUCUCUAUGGACCUUGCUUAAAUGGAACAUUCUUCUCCUUCAAUGCUGCUCUACAAGGUGAAAACCAUAAGGAAAUAGUUGCCCGUCUGAAACGAGAUUUACUGCCCACUUUAGCUAAUGGUCUAAUGUUCUGGCCACUCUGUGAUUUUCUUACCUACAAGGUCAUUCCUGUUCAUUUGCAGCCGCUGGUUAAUAGUUCAUUUGCAUAUUUGUGGACCAUAUAUUUGACAUAUGUGGCAAGCUUGAAGAAAGCAGCUGUAUAUUAAUUAAUACAUCUCUCAAAAAAGGAUGAUGAUGAUGGAGCAACAAGGUAAAGGUAAAGAAUCUAUGAAGAACAUCUUAGGAUUUUAGUUCGCACUCAUAUAAUUGCUUGUCUUGUUUUGAUCUCUUGUUCCUUUAAGUAUUAUUAAUAAAAUUGAACCUAUAUUUUGUUAGGGUCUGUUUCAAUAAAAUGUUGGUCUGAUUACUCAACACGGUUUAGCACAUGUUUUUUUUAU